AUGAACGGACUCACACUAAAGAAACGCCGUUCAAAUGUCCGUGUGGCAGGUCCUUCAGCCGAAGGUAGUGCAUGUCCCGGAGCAACAACCUCUUGGACGGAUCUCUUGCGGCGACACGAAAAGGCAGCCCACGAGGGCAGAUCUUGCGGUCGCUAUGUGUCGCCAACACUGGCGACGUCGACCCCAAGCAAUACCGUGCCGGCCGUGGAUGGCAUGAAUGUGACCUCCCCCGCGACGGCACAUCAGCCAACGAUCGAGCAUACCACUGCAUCUCUCUCCGUUGCCCGUCAGGUGGAAUCCGGUCAGGUCCAGGAGCAGCUCUCCAUCGAAUCCCUGACGAAUCUGGACCAUUUCGUGCCCAACCUCAAUGACGGUGGCCAGCUCAGUGCCCUUGCGGGUGUCGCCUUCCCCUCCGCCGAGUCGCAGAAUCCCGUCGUCACGCAAACUGUAGAAACAAGUUCAGAAAACGUCAGUCCCACGCUGGAUUUCUCCGACAUCUACAGCCAAUUCGAUAGUUUCAACACCUUCCUUGAUCUCAACGAUUUCAACGGAUUGAUCCCGCCGGACUAUGCUUUGGAUCUUGGAUUGCAGGAUCUUGCCUUCACUUCAGAACUUCCACAAGUUGCCUUCAAUGACAAUGUCCACGUCGGCCAUGAUUCAGGGGCCCACAACGGCCGAGUCGAACCAGAAACCUCCUUUUCCAGAUUUGGCUCACCCCUACCUGCGCUCCAUUUUGAAACUCGAGAACAAGCAUCUCGACCGUCUGGCCAAGCUGAACCCAAUGCCAAUUUCCGACCCGUGUGGAAGAUAUCAGGGCACCAGUAUCGGCAAAUUGUUGCCAACAUCCAGAAGUUUGACCAUGUCUUGCCGAAAGAUUUCAACAUGCCUUCCAGGCACACCAUGUCCAGGUUCCUCGAGGGUGCGAUCAAAGGUUACUAUGAGCACCUUCCGAAUCUUCACGUUCCGACAUUCUCACCUGUCCAUGCUGCUCCAGAACUGAUACUGUCGAUGUGUGCAAUAGGAGCCUUGUUUCGUUUCGAGGCGCACCGAUGUCCAAUGUUGUUCCACGCAGGAAAAGCAAUAGCAUUUGAACAGAUAAGAAUUCAGGAGCAGGUGAAACGGGACGACAGCACUAGUUUCCACAGUCGAAUCCCUCUCUCAACAUCUCUGGACCAGAACAACACUCAGCGGCCUGAUGAAUCCGGUGGUGGCUAUGUUGGUAACUCGGACAAGAGUAUGGACAACGUCUUCGAUCCACAAACGCAGACCUUGCAGGCGCUGAUAGCCCUCAUGUGUGUCGGUGCCUGGGGAUCUCAACCAGGGCUUGUCAAGGAAUCCAUCGCUUUGCAGAGCGUGGCUGCCACCUUGGCGCGUGACGAUGGGUUCUCCCGGCUGAAAGUACCGACGUCUUCUUGUACAGGCAUGUCUGAAUGGCAUCGUUGGGUCCUCCAGGAAGGUCGAAAGCGAACCAAGUUGAUGACAUAUUGCCUGCUGCAACUGGUCUCCGUUGCCUAUCACAUCCCUCCACUGAUACUCAACUCCGAAAUCGACUGUUGUCUGCCCUGUUCGGCGAAAGUGUGGAACGCGAGUAGCGCAGAAGAGUGGGAGGAAGUCAACAAGUCGUCCCCGUUCAAGGAGGUCCCCUUCCGUGAAGCCUAUGAAAGCAUGUUUCACAGCGUAGAUUCACCACCGACCCCCAUCGCUUUAUCACCGAUGGCAAACUAUGUGUUGAUCUUGGCCAUCCUUCAACACCUGUAUCUUCGGCGUCAGACACUGGCGAGCUCCAAACACUCCCUGAGCUCCGAGGACAUUGGUGAGAUCAGUCGGGCUUUGCGGUGUUGGCAAACGCGCUGGGAGCGCUCUCCAGAGUCCAUCUUCGAACCUUCCUCGGCGACAGGUCCUGUCGCUUUUACAUCGACGGCGCUGCUGAGGUUGGCUUGGAUCAGGCUCCAUUCUGACAUGGGACCGUGCAGGAACCUGGCGAGUCGGGACGCCAGUGUCAUAGCCUCGGCGUUCGAAAACAGUCCACCCCUGAAGCGAGGGCCGGAACUCAUACACCCAGUGCUUCAGGCCGCCCAUGCCCUCUCCAUCCCCGUGAGAAUGGGUAUCAAGUAUGUGGCCAAGACACAGGCCUUCACCUGGAGCGUCCAACAUUCAUUCUCCAACCUGGAGUGUGCCAUCUUCCUCAGCAAGUGGCUCGAACUCAUCGGAGUGGCUUCGGGCAACGGCUCGUUGGACAAAGAGGAGGUCGUUUUGGUUCAGAUGAUUCAGAGCCUGUUGACAGAGACGGGUCUCUUCGACAGCGACAUGAUGCGCAACCUCGCAGAUCGGCAGGACCAGAAACAACGGAUUCGCUGGCUUGCGACGGCUGUGGCUAGAAUGUGGGCGGAGAUCUUCAAGGGGACGCACGUCUUUGACAUUGUGAAUGUGAUAGGAGCCAGCUUGACAAUAUAUGCCGAGUCCAUGGAGACGACGUAUACACCCGCGAACUGA